AUGGUACCGGUUUCACACCAUCACCGGAACCAGUACCAUCACCUAACGGUUCCGAUUGCCCACCAUUUCAAGGAUACCAACAUCCCGGUCGUAUUUUGGCUAGACAGCCCAGUGUACGUUACGAAUCAGUCCACUCAGCUCGAUGCACUGCACGCGAUCGUGCUGGCGCAUAGCGAUUGGAUGGUGGCGGUCUUUCGCAACUCGCUGCGAUGCCUGCGGUGCCGCACCCGUUUGCAGAACGUGUUCAUAGCGGCAACGGUACGCUCGUUGCAGACGUUGCUCGCCAGCCUGGAGUACGAUUGUUUCUAUCCCACUGGGCGGUACAUUUUCAUCGUCACGGAGCAACUUGCACGGGAGGCAGCAGACGUGCGGAAUGUGUUUGAAAUUGUUUGGAAAAAUCGUAUCGUACAUGUUGUGCUUAUAGUGAGCCGCUCAAGCGAUACAGCGAGGUUCCGUGCGUACGGUUACGAACCGUACGCGUAUGGGAAAUGUGGCAAAGUGCGGGUGAAACUGAUCGACCGGUAUACAGACGCUGGAUGGCGCCGGUUGGCGGGCGGUUGGUUUAACCGCGCACUUCCAAAUUUCCACCAAUGUCCCCUCAAGGUGGUAACGUUCGAAAGCAAACCCUUCGUCAUGGUGCGAACCGUCGGCAACGAGACCCGCUACUCCGGGCUGGAGGUGAAAAUAUUCAACCACAUCGCGGCGAAGCUGAACGUCAGCAUCGUGUACACGCCGCCGCCAAACAACACGCGUUGGGGCAUGCUGUUGCCGCACAACAGCACCGGCCAGAUGGGCAUGUUGCAGCGUAACGAGGCGGACGUGGGGUUCGGUUCCGUCGGUCGCAGCAUCGAGCGGGACCUCUAUCUGCGCUCCAGUGUGCCCAGCAUCGUGUCGCAGCUUUCGAUGACCAUACCGCCCCGGCUACCGUACACGGCCCUGGAGAAGCUGUUUCUCCCAUUGCGGCUGUCCGCGUGGCUGCUGGUGGCGGCCGGGUACACCACCAUCCUGUGCCUGUACGUGGUACUGUUCCGCGGGAAGCAUCGACCGCACCGGGAACGCAUACCCGGCCUGUACUACACCUUCUGGACGAUCCUGAUGGGUGGACCGGGUCGGGAAGUGCACCGGCACAGUACCCGGCUCUACGUCAUCAGCCUGGUGCUGAAUGCGCUGAUCGUGCGCAACCUCUACCAGUCGGCGUUGUUUCAGCGGCUCAAGUCGAACGAUCUGAUGGCAGCCAACCUGCACACCUACCAGGACAUCAAUGAGGCGGGCCUGAGCUACUACAUGUUCACAACGACGGCACGGUUCUACGCCGACAAUCCGGAAGUAAAUGGCAGCAUUCGAGCCAUCGCGAACGAAAACAUCGACUGGGACGAGGUGAUGUACAACAUUUCGCAGCACCGGCUGAAGGGUGUGAUCCCGCUGUCGCUGGAAAGCAUAGCGUACUACGUGAAGCAUCGCGGCCAGCAGCAGAAGGGCGCCAUGGUGUAUGUGAGCGAGCGCACCGCCAUCAGCUAUUACGUUGCGUUCCACUUCCCGCGGCGGACGGCGCUGCAGCAACCGUUCGACCGUUUGCUGCACCGGCUGCAGUCCGGCGGCUUCAUUCUGUACUGGAGGGCCGAGUACCGCAACAAUCCGAACGGCGCCAAGAACUACGAGCAGCAGGACGGUUUGGUGCCGACGCCGCUGCAGCUCCAGCAGGUAGCGGGCGGGUUCUACCUGUGGGCGCUCGGUUUGCUAGUGGGGACCGUUGCGUUUCUCGGCGAGAUUGCCAUAUCGAAGGUUAAUCGUGCGAGCAAGCAUACCGGUCGCUGCCUAUUUAGCUGGAGAGUGAAUGUUUGA